CUGUGCCCUACAUGUUCUUUAAACAAAAUUUCUAACUGUACGUUUUAAUUCGACAUAGUUCUUAAUUCUCAUACUACAAUUCAUUCCACGCGGCAGCUAGAAUCAUUCUUCAACACACUGCGAGCAGAAAAUACAUGUCAUUCAGAGGAAGAGGCGGCCGCGGCCGUGGUGGCCCCCCUAGAGCCAAGCAAAUGCCCUUCGAUCUUUUCCCGGAAAUUCCGAUAGGCGUUGUGAGGUAUUCUGUGGAAGAAGUAAACAAGUACUCUAGGUUUGUGUCUUGGUCACAGAAUCUGCACAUCUUUUUCGAGACAUCUCCUUAUCAUUACCAAGAUAGAAGGCUAACCUUACCGAAAUCGCAAAAAGUAGACAUAGAGAGGUACUCGGAUAAGAAAUUGCAGGCAACAAGGGUUAAACAACCACUCCAUCACUUAAUAAUGAUGGACAAAGAUCAUAUGCCUGCAGAACUAGUCAGAGGUGGACAUCACACUGUCAAGAGAGUCAAGUGGGACAAUGAAAUAGACUUGAACAAACUUGAUCAGUUUGAGAAGCUUGAGGAAAAGAAUAAGGGAACUGAAGAAGAAAACGAAGAGGAGGAAAUAGAAGAAGAGGAAAAUGAAGACAAUGAAGAAUUUAGUGAUGACGAAGAAUAUACGAAGGGUGAAUAUGUUGAUGAUGAUGAAGAUGACUUAAACAUGGAUGAGGAGGCGAACGAAGAUGAUAACGCGAUUUAUUGAGUUAGCAUCACAUUGUUCAACAACUUGACUACAUGUGGUAUAUUUUUGCUUGCAACAUAGUAAGCUCUAAUUUAGACGGUGUUAUAACACCAACUGCUAGUAGGAUUUAGACCUGGUUACAUGUUAUCAAUUUUUUUAGAUAUAGUACUCCGUAUUUACGUAUUGUAAAUGAAC